AUGAUCCACCUCGACAUCCUCAAUGGAAUAAUCGAAACCGAACUCACCUUCUGGAUGGACUAUCUCAAAGCUCUCCCCUCUCACGACUUUUCUACCCUCACAGCCGACUCGCCGAGCCCACAGCUCCUAACCAAAGCUCUCAUCCACAUCCUCGAGUCCCUCCCUCUGCGACACCGAGCCCUCGCCGCGAUCUACUCCGACCCAGAUGUUGAGCCUGUGGUGUUACCUGGAGGCUGUGAUGAGCUUCUGCGUGAUCUCAAGAGAUCAGUUGCUGAUGUGGUGGAGGAGGUGGGGAUGGAUCAUGAGAAGAAAGUGUUUAGUGGGAAGGUGUUUCGACAAGGUGUGUUGGCGCUGGAAGCGGAGGUCAAGGUGUUGGAGGAGGCGAGGAUGGAGGAGUUGAAGGGUUUGAUGGGGUUGGUGGAAAUGUUAAGGCUUGUGGGCGAUGAGGGCAGGUUGGGGAAUGGGGAGCUGAAGGUGUUGAUUGAGGCUAUGGAUGAGGCUGGGCUGAGUGGUUUGGUGAUGACGGAGGGAGGAUUGAGUGAUGUCGAGUGA